AUGGACCAGGACGAUGUAGUUCGUUAUGCAGGUGACUACCCCGACUUUGGUAUUAUUACAUAUGACCACAAGGAUCCCUAUGAGGCUUGGACUGAUCGACAUUAUAGAAGGAAUUGGGGAGAAAUGGUUCCAAUAGACAUGAUGCGAUACCGACCUGACCGUUUGACUUUCACUGGAUUAGAGGCUGAGGAUUUCACCACGUGGGGUUCUAUCAUCAUGUGUCUAAGAGUUCUCGUUCCGAUGGCGCUUCUCUCUUGGUUAUUUUGCAAUGAGGAUCCCAAUGCAUUGCGCUGGAAGAAUCCAGCCAUGCCAAAACAGUAUCCGUAUGAUUUCUAUCGAGCUUUUCCGUUUGAUGACGCAAGAAAAUAUCCUAUAACCAAUUAUUCUUUUGAUUUGUCUGAAUAA